CAUACCGCGUCCACCACCCUCGCACACGAAACCUCCACCUCCUCCUCCGCCUCCGAUCAUCGCGGACGGUGGCGGCGUUGCUUCCUCCCGGCUUCGUCCAGGGGGGGGCGUCGGUGGAGGCGGCGCCGGGGGAGGUGACGUGCCGCGCGGUGCCGACCACCACCACCUACCUGACGAGGACGAGGAGCGCCCUGCCGACCACUCGCGGCGCGUCCCUGCUGCCUGCAUGCUGGGUUGACGGUCAAGCCGCGCGAGUGGAAGAAGUGCUGCUUCUUCGAUCGGAUAUAUCAGAGGUGGAUCAAGUAAGUAUUCAAGUUUGAGAGGAGACAGGAGGGGAGCUGCAUCGAAAUCGAUCGGAUCGGGGUUGCUUCUUCCUCGUCUCCUCCGUCCGUCCGUGUCGCUUCGAUCCGCUCGGCCGGCAGAUAAUCAGCUGAGCCAGCCCCCCCAGACCCGGACGGGACGCCAGGAGAGGAGAGGAGAGGAGAGCAGGCUGGAGAGGAGCCGGCGGUGAGAGCGCAGCCCGGCUCCAAUGGAGGCGCAAGUGGCGGCUCCGCACCACCACCACCACCAGCAGAAGGCGGCCAACCUGGCGCGGACCUUCACCAAGCUGCUGCGCCGGAAGCGCGCCGACGACGCGGCCCAGGGCGCGCCCGAGGCGCCGGCGACCGUGGCUGCGGGCGACUACGAGGAGGAGCGGGCGGAGCCGCCCGUCGUCCCGUCCCUCAGCAAGCUCAAGCUGUCCGGGAACCUCGCCGCGGCCUACUCCUUCGACGCUUUCUUCCGCAACGCGGCCGAGAAGAAGGCCGCGGCGGCAGCGGCGGCGGGAGGGGGAGGGGGAGGGGUGCGGCCGCAGCCGGGGGAGGUGACGCCCGAGGCCGCCGCGGAUUCCCUCCUCGCGACCCUUUUCGCGGGGGUCUCGGCCGUGAAGGCGGCGUACGCGCAGCUGCAGCUCGCGCAGUUCCCCUACGACGCGGAGGCGAUCCAGUCCGCGGACGCCGCCGUCGUCGCCGAGCUCACCAGGCUGUCCGACACCAAGCGCAGGUACCUCAGGGACCCCGCCGCCGCGGCCCGGGGCGCGGCGGCCGCGGGCCACACCGCCCUCGCCGCGCACGCCGAGGAGCAGCGCCACCUCCUCAAGACGUACCAGAUCACGGCGCGGAAGCUCGAGUCGGAGCUCCGCGCCAAGGACGCCGAGUCCGAGCGCGCCAGGGCCUCCCUCACCGCCGAGCUCCGCGCCGAGCGCGCCCUCGAGGCGCGGCUCCACCCGGGCCGGACCCUCGCGUCGCUCGACGACCUCCACCUCUCCGGCCUCAACCCGACGCACUUCCUCACCGCGCUCCGCCACACCGUCAAGUCGAUCCGCUCCUUCUCCAAGUCGAUGCUCAACUCGAUGCAGUCCGCCGGGUGGGAUCUCGCCACCGCCGCCGCCGCCGUGCACCCGGGCGUCCCGCUGCGCUGCGCCGGCGACACCAAGAUCGUCUUCGAAUCCUACGUCGCCAUGAAGAUGUUCGCCAAUUUCCACCGGCGCGACUUCAACUUCAGCUUCCUCGACGAGCGGGAGUUCUACGACCGCCGGCGCUUCUUCGAGGAGUUCGCGGAGCUCAAGGCGGAGCCGGCGAGCGCCUUCCUGGACGUGAGGAACCCGCGGUGGGGAGGGUUCGGCAAGUUCCUGCGCGCUAAGUACCUGUCGCUGGUGCACGCGCGGAUGGAGACGGCCUUCUUCGGCCGCCUCGAGCAGCGCGGCAUCGUCAGCGCCGGGCCCGGGUUCCCGGAGAGCUCGUGGUUCGCCGAGUUCGCCGAGAUGGCCCGCCGCGUCUGGCUGCUGCACUGCCUCUUCUUCGCGUUCGACGGCGGCGCCGAGGAGGACGGCGCGUCCAUCUUCCAGGUCCGCACGGGGGCGCGCUUCUCGCAGGUGUACAUGGAGAGCGUCAGCGACGGGCGCGCCGACGACGCCGCGGCCGCGGCCGCCGAGGACCGCGUGGUCGGGUUCACCGUGCUGCCGGGGUUCAGGGUCGACCGGACGCUGAUCCAAUGCCGGGUGUACCUGUCCCGGCCGGCGCGGCGUCCGUGAUGGUGGUCGUGGUCGUGGCGGGGAAAAAAAAGGUCGUGCUUGCUUCCGGCGCCCGGCGGAUGAUGGGGGAAGAAUGCCCAUUUUGGGUCGGCCGUCGAGGUCUCCCGCCGGCAGCCGGCUGGGGCGGUGGCGAUGAUGGUGGCGGGUGGUUAUGUAAAUCUAUCAGGGCAUGUAGUAGCGAUGUAAUCGUAAUAUAAAUGGUACUUGGAGUUCCAGAUGAUACAUCGGCAUUGCCGAAGCUGUUCUUGCUC